UUCCAGAAGAGACCAUUGCCCCGCAAAGUGUAAGGGCUUGUGAGAGCUUUAGUCAGACCUCUGCGGAUUUCAGAAACUAGUCCAUCUCUCUCGCCCCUAGUUAUAUCAGCAGAAAGAAACAUGCUGAAAACUAUUGACCAAAGUACUACCGUUUGCUGCUGAGAUUCCAGGGUGGAGACAUGGGGGAUGCUGAACACGGUGUUCUUCCUCAAUAGUCACAGGGCACUCGAGGCCGGCCUGUGGGUCUAUUAACACAGAGCUUUAGUUUCAGGUCCCAGAACUAAAAAAGAGAAACAAGAAUUUAUCUAAAACUCAGCAUAAUACUGUGAGUAAGAUAGGGAUGGAAAGGAAGCAAGAUCAUGGGAAGUCAUUGUACAGAAGACACGGAGUUGCUAGAUAAGGAAAAAACACUAAAAGAUUGUGAAACUCUGGUCAUUUGCUGAGUUUCUGAGAAAGCGGGUGUAAGUAUAGACAAAGGAAAGAAGCAGACAGACGGACAAAUGCAGGUCUUCACUAAUCACACUGCAGCAAGAGAGGCAGAAGAUGAGAUGGUCUGCAGCCCGAGAAGACACUUUGUGCUGCAGUUAUAAAAAAGGAAUCCCACACACCUGGCAUCUAACUAGAAUUGUUUGACAAAAGAUGAUGGAAAAAAUCCUGGAGAAGUUAGAUGCCCUGGAUGAGAAUGCAAGGGUACUUGCAGCCGUCAGAUCAAAGAAAGCCAACCCUCAGCUUAAACAGAGAGAAAAUCCUUUGACUACACCUCUGCUGUUUGAUCUUCAAGAUCUUCAAGUGGAAUUCGGAGGCACAAUUACUCCACCUACAUCUAAGACAGUAGCAAAGAAAACAGCUAAGUCAUGUGACCUUAAGACGUCAAAAGUGCGUACAUCUUUCAAAUAUAAGCCUAAACCCAGAAGUGGCUUUGAAGAGUCAGAUUUACCUGGUCUUGCAGCAAAUACAAACUGUGAAGAAACAUCCUCAACACAGCACACUAGACUGGGAAGCAACCCAAGUGUGAAGUCACCCCUGAUUUCCUUGUCUCCCCAUUCUCAAAGCCCAGCAAGUCCUCUCCACGCUAAUUCAUCUCCAGAACCAAAAGGAGGAAAUCUAAAAUUGAGUCCUAUAUCUCUUCGUUUUCUUAAGGAUAAAAAUGAGGCAGAAUAUGCAAAGCCCUUGAAUCUUCUACAGUCUCAACCUAGAAACCGGUGUAAAAGAUCAUCAGAGUCUUCAAUCCUGUAUCCUACAGGGGCCAAUCAAUCCAAUGCUAGUGAGGAGAAAGUCUCUACUCCAUUUACAGGUCAAAAUGAAAAGAGAGCUAAGAAGUUCAUGUAUUCUACAGACCACUCAGCAGAUUCUAUGGAAAAAGGGAGAAAGGAUCAUCCACUGGUAACGGAUUCUGUUACAAAAGAAAAUGAGCCAACCAGAGAUAACCAAGCAAGAACACUUUGUCCAGUAAAACAGAGCACCUUAUUCCCCUUGAUCUUUGAGGAUGUACUGGAUAAUCCUACAAUCAAGAUAAUUGACCUUGGUCCAACAGAGACAGUGCUUUAUUCUAUGGACAGUGAGACAGUGUUAGCUCUCCAGGACAGAGAAGACACCACAUCAAUUCCAUCUUCGAGUCUGGACUCUCUGGCCUUCAAAGCUGAAGAAAGCCACACAAAUCCAAUAAUUUUCUAUGAUGCAGCCUAUAUAGAAAUGUUGAUCAUGAUAAAAAGGUUCACUCCCUACGUAAUCAUAUAUACAAGGAAGAAUAUUGUUCUAGAAAAAAACUGUGACACGGCCAAAGCCUUAUUUAAUGAUGAGCCCAGUACUGUUUCUGAACCUCAAAGAACUAAGCCUGUAUCACAGCACAAAGACUUGUCCUUCUUCUCUACUGAACAGGUGCAAAAGAGUAUAAAGGAGAGACGAAAGAGGAAACAUGAUAAUCUGGCUUCUGAAAAAAGACCUCCGAACACACUUUAUAAUUUAUCCCGAACUUUUUCUAGCUUAACCAAAAGAUUUGCAGGUUACUUUGAUAAAGAUGCUACUCAAGAAAAGAGUGCUAAGACGGAUGGAUUUGAAAGAAUAUUUACCAAAGCAAAACCACCACCCAAACGCAAAUUCACUACUUUACCUCUUAGGUAUGACUCAAAGCCUCUGAAAAAUAUACUUGAAAUACGUAAACUAAACAACAUAACCCCACUAGAUAACCUGCUAACCUGGAAAGUAAAUGACCUAAAGAAUCAGUUAUGCAGCAAGACUUAAAAACAAGAAGAACCAAGUUCCAA